AAUAUUCAAUUAACUUUUCAGAUGUGUGGAAUUUGGGCAACAUUUGGAACUGAGGGAGGUCUCAGCGCCACCUGCCUUAAAUGUUUUUCUGCAAUAGUACACCGCGGACCAGACGCAUGGCGAAUAGAACAAGACGCAAGAGAACCACUCGGUACACUUGGCUUCCAAAGACUCGCUAUUGUUGACGGUCUACAUGGUAUGCAACCUAUGCGAUUACAUCGUUACCCUCGAAUAACUCUCAUUUGUAACGGUGAAAUAUACAACUACAAACGACUUCAAGAUCAAUACAAUUUCCCAUAUGAAACAAACUGCGACGUGGAGGCCAUUAUUCACUGUUACGAAAACUUUGGCAUUUCUGAUGCCGUUAAAAAACUUGAUGGUGUAUUCGCAUUUUGUUUGGUCGAUGGUGAAAAAAGAAAAAUUUUCAUUUCUAGGGAUCCAUACGGUGUCAGACCCCUAUUUAAGUUACAAGAUGAUGAAAAUGGUUUUAUGGCAAUUUGUUCAGAAGCCAAAGGUUUGAUUGGAUUAAAACAAAAGGCAAGCGAAACGUCGACUUUAGGUCAAUUUCCUCCAGGGCAUUUAGAAGAAUGGGAUAUGUUAGAGGGCGGUAAAGUUAAACUUAACAAAACUGAACAGUAUUUUACGCCUGGUACUGCACCUCGCUUUUUACCAUUCGUAUCUGAAGAAGAAAUCUCAGAGUUAAGUGUUUAUGAAAAAACUGCUUAUUUAUUAGAAGCAGCUUGUAAGAAAAGAUUAAUGUCCGAUAGACGGAUAGGAUGUCUUCUUAGUGGAGGUUUAGAUUCAUCACUUAUUACUGCUUUAGUAGUAAAGUUAGCCAAAAUACACAAACUGCCAUAUAAAAUACAAACAUUUGCUAUAGGCAUGGGAGAUUCCCCUGAUCUUAUCGCAGCACGCACAGUUGCAGAAUACCUUGGAACCGAACACCAUGAAGUCAAAUUUGAUGAAAAUGAUGUAAAACAAGAAUUAGAUAAUGUAAUAUAUCAUUUAGAAUCAUACGAUAUUACAACCACACGAGCUAGCUUACCGAUGUAUCUUCUUGCAAAGUACAUUAAAGAAAACACAGACACUACGGUCGUAUUUAGUGGUGAAGGUGCAGAUGAAGUCGCUCAAGGGUACAUUUACUUUAGAGAUGCUCCAGAUACUAAAGCUGCUCACGAUGAAAGUAUACGUCUGCUUUCAGAUAUAUAUUUAUACGAUGGAUUAAGAGCAGAUCGAACAACAAGUGCAUUUAGCUUAGAACUUCGAGUACCAUUCUUAGAUAUUCAGUUUACUAACCACUAUCUUAAUAUCGAACCUUCUUUACGCCAGCCUCAAAACGGCGUGGAAAAGCAUUUACUCCGCAACAGUUUUGCCAAGAGUGGCCUGUUACCGGACACAAUUUUAUUCAGACAUAAAGAAGCAUUUAGUGACGGCGUCGCUUCUGUGAAAAAGUCCUUAUUCACAACGAUUGAUGAAAUAAUUAGAGAAAGAUUGCCAAAUGAAAUUCCUUGCUAUCCCGGAGUUCAACCCAACACUCCCGAAUCAAAGUAUUACCGAUACAUAUUUGAAAAAUCUUUUUCGGGUCAACAUAACUUUACACCAUAUUACUGGAUGCCCAAAUGGGUCCAAGUGUCGGAUCCAUCGGCAAGAUUUAUAAAGCAUUAUGCAGCUUUAUAAUAAUAUUAUGCUAUUAUAUCUAAAUGUAGAUGAAAUUUUUAUUCGAGUGUGAAAUUUAAUUAUGAUUUUCGAAUACAUAGUUUUUGCUGUUGUU